UUUAGAUUAUGAAAAAUAAUUUAAUGGUUAUAUUUUUUACAGAAAUUGUGCCGCUCUAGAAAGCUUGAAGAUUUUGUGAUACCCUUGUAUUUGAUUGUAUUGUAUCUUUAAUUUAUUAUGCCAGCUAAAUGACAAUUAAGUUUACAAUUUGACAGCAGUCAGUCGGAGAAGAAUAAAUACGUCAAUCGAGUAACUGAAUCGCUUCGGCUUGGUGGUGGGUGAAAUAAUAAAUAACAACAAAAAAGGAAUUAGAAUACAGUGUAAUUUAAAAUUUGGGCUGCGGUCCUGAGCGGUCAUCCACGAUGUUGUUUUUGCCGAUAUUCUGCGUUAUCCUCGGCUUCGCCGUCGGUCACAUUGAUAAAGAUGCCCCUCCUCAAUGGAACCCGGUGUACACAGUAAAAGGAACAUUGAACAUUCCUUAUGCUGAACUCAAAGAGCCUUUCUACACUUGGUUCGACAGUAAAGCGGGCAAGUCCAGAAUUGACUACUAUGGAGGCAUGGUCAAGACGUACCAGCUUUCGGCGGCUGUGUACAAACCCUACGGUACAUCGAUCAAGAUCGCUCCAGUCACCACAGAGGAGGUCCUCAACCAGGAUACAUGUCUGCAAGUCAACGGAAGUAGUGACAACAGCGUUGCUAUCCAAACUGUACUGCCAGAUAUGACAGACUUCAAAUAUAUUGGUACAGAAACAAUGCAAGACUCGGAGACAGCGAAAUGGCAAUUCGUACAGGUGAUUGGGCAGAAACUGAACAAAUACACAAUGUGGGUGAAGUACAAGAAAUCGUUGAAGGAACGCAGCGUGUCCGUGCCUAUUCCCGUCAGGUACGAGAUGAAAGGUUACAACUCACUGCUGGGCUCCCACUAUGACCAUUACUACAUUGAUUAUGUAGACUAUGAUGUAGAGGACAUUGACCCCAAUGUUUUCAAUGUUGAUCCCGCCAUGCACUGUUCCUCGUUCCCCGGCCCCGGCGCCCGCCACUACGCGACCUUCAACCCUAUGAUGGAGUUUGUGCACCCAGCUAAGGACGAACAUGUUAUUAAUGAGUUUGACAGGUUCAAGACUAAGCACGGUAAACAAUACGCCAGUGACGUGGAACAUGAAAAGAGGCUGAACAUCUUCAGGCAGAAUCUCAGAUACAUCUUCUCCCACAACCGCGCCCGGCGUACGUUCACGAUGGCAGUGAACCACCUGGCGGACCGCACCGACACGGAGCUAGCCGCGCUGCGGGGCCGUCGGUACUCCGGACCUAACCAUGGUCUACUGUUCCCGUAUAGCCAGUCGCUGGUUGAGGAAGAAUCGGAUAAGUUGCCCAGUGAACACGAUUGGAGACUAUUCGGGGCUGUCACGCCCGUCAAAGAUCAGUCAGUAUGUGGUUCCUGUUGGUCUUUCGGUACGACCGGUGCAGUAGAAGGAGCGUUGUUCCUAAGCAACGGAGGGAAAUUGGAGAGACUGUCGCAACAGGCGCUCGUUGACUGUUCCUGGGGUUUCGGUAACAAUGGCUGUGAUGGUGGCGAGGACUUCAGAGCUUACCAAUGGAUCAUGAAACAUGGUCUGCCUACUGAAGAAUCGUAUGGCGAUUACUUAGGACAGGAUGGAUACUGUCAUUUAGACAACGUCAGCAUCGCGACCAAGAUCAAGGGAUGGGUGAAUGUCACCAGCAAUGAUGAGAAGGCUCUCAGGCUGGCAAUCUUCAAGCACGGUCCUAUAUCCGUAGCUAUUGACGCGGCGCAUAAGUCCUUCAGUUUCUACUCCAAUGGCGUCUACUACGAGCCAGAGUGCCACAACAAAAUCGACGAGCUGGACCACGCAGUUCUAGCAGUGGGCUACGGCAUCCUCAAGGGUCAGAAGUACUGGCUGGUCAAGAACUCGUGGUCUAACAUGUGGGGUAACGAUGGAUACGUCCUCAUGUCCACGAAGGACAAUAACUGUGGGGUUCAGACUGCCCCCACCUAUGUUUUAAUAUAGGUUAAGAGUAGGAACCGGUCUUACCCCCUUUAGUGAGGUCCCUAAUAAGACUUUUGAGCCUGUACAGGACACGGGUUUCAAAACAAACUAUUUGCGACGUAAUGAUUGUAUUCAAGUUUAAUAGAAUGCAAAAGUACCUUUAUCAGUUUCUUAUUUUGAAUUUCAACCCAAAAACUGGGUAGGGUAAGAGUCUGUUGGGUAAGAUCGGUUUUAAUAGGGUAAGGUAAUUAUGUAUUUCAGUUUCCAGUUAAUAUUUAACAGUUAAUUGUCAAUUACAAAGAUAGUGUUGUUAGAAGAGAAAAAUAGUUGAUCCUUAUUGUCGAAUGUUCAUUGCAAUAUUGAAUUCAAAGUUAA